UUGUCGGUGUGCGGAAAGAGCGUUUGCGGAGCAGCAGGCAAAACCAAAGGGGGUGUUUUUAAUCGGGCGAUUCCAAACGAGGCGUAAGAGUUUUUUUUUUGUUUUAACCUCAUUCGAGCUGCUCUCAUGGCGGUUUCUGCGGGCCAGACAGACCUCCAAAUGGACAGAGGAGCCCUGAGCGCUCCGUCCGAAAGCAGCAUCGAUAUUGACGAGGAAGAGUUGGAUAACAUCACAAAGAAACACCGAGCAGGAGGAGAAGACAACUCAACGCUGCCUUUGCACUCGCCUUGGACCUUUUGGUUGGACAGGUCUUUGCCAGGAACAACCGCAGCAGAAUGUGAAUCCAAUCUGAAGAAGAUUUACACAGUGGAAAGUGUUCAGCUCUUCUGGAGCGUGUACAAUAACAUCCCGCCGGUCACAGCACUUCCUUUGAGAUGUAGCUAUCACCUGAUGCGGGGAGAACGGAGGCCACUCUGGGAAGAGGAAAGCAAUGCAAAAGGAGGCGUCUGGAAGAUGAAAGUCCCGAAAGAAAGCACCGUACGUGUUGCUGCUUUGUCAUCCGAACACCGUACGCUACACUCUAGGUCACACUGAGGCAGAAUACGGCAUAAGUAGACGUGACAACAUUUGCCAGCAGGCCAGCCAAUCGAAACGUGCGCCGCCCCUUAAGCCGAGUUCCUGUAUGGACCCGAAGCAACUCCAGUUUCCAUGCUUGCAUCUCAAUUUUAAAAUUGAGAAAUACGGACACUUCUUCUCCAUGAUUAUUGUUGUAAGAAGAGCACAUGUCCAUGGUUUACAAAGAUCAUUAACACACAGCGCACCAUCUCAGAUACUGUCAGCGCCGUAUUUCUGUCUUG